CGGAUCUCUGUGUCGUGCGCCGCUGAUGAUGUCGAGUUCCGAGGAAGAAGAUGACCAGGACGAGGAGGAGCUGCUACAGCGCGCAUUGGAGGAGCAAGCGCAGCGAGACGUCCGCUACACCCGCCCGCCGCCGCCCUCUCGAAAGCCGCCCGCCGCUCCUCCUCCCGCACAGCGCCAGCAAUUAAACAAUCCAACUCCUCAUCCAAUGGAGGACGACGAAUCGGAAGUGGAGCUCCUGAGCAUUUCUUCCGACGAUGACGACGAUGCUCCUCGUGCUGCCGCUGCCACUGCCAAGCCGGUGGAUGCGAGCAGGGACGCGGAUCUUGGGAUCGAGGAUUUUAGUGACGAGGAGGUGGAGGAGGAAGAACCGAAGUCUUGGAGCAAAGUUAACGAAGAAGAGCUCCACCGAAGAGUUCGUGCCAUGCGUGAGGCAAGAGCUGCUCCAGGAUUGCGGAGGUCGACUCUUGCCCGCAGGGCGACCAUGGCUGGGGGAGAGGUUUAUCCCCGAGAGGAUCUGAUCGAUCCUCUGGGUCUCGGGACGAUAGAUUUGAAGUCCCUCACGUUGAUAAGUGACUCAGCCUCUCCGGGAGCAAAAGCUCCAGCGCAAGAUGCUCCGGCCCGAGAUCCUACAAGUCGAGGUUUCUUAGGAAAAGAUAGAAAUUAUUGUUUUUUCUUAUAUAUAAUUUAUUUGUCUUCCAAUGCAGAAAAAGUGCUGUAUCAUUCAGAAAAGUUCGAUCCGAAGUACUUUUUGGCACGCAUUCAUCAGAGAACCAAAGCCUCCGAUUUGGAACACGGAGACGCGGCUCUAAAAAUGGAUCUGCAAAACCGAAAGCAGCAGCUGAAGCUUCUUGUCAAGGAAAACUUUGAGUGUUUUGUAUCGUGUAAAAAUACGAUUGACGAUAUACACUCAAAAUUGCAACAGAUAGAGUCGGAUGCCGAGGGCGCGGGCACUGCACACUUAACUCAUGCUAUUCAGGACUUGGACGAGGUAGCAAAGCGAGCUUUUGGACCUCUCCUCGAGCGGCAGGCUCAAGCUGAACGAAUUCGAUCUGUUCAAGGAAUGCUGCAACGUUUUCGAACACUAUUCAACCUUCCAAGCGCAAUACGUGGGCAUAUCAGCAAAUGUGAAUAUGACAUGGCUGUGAGAGAGUACAAAAAGACCAAGUCGCUCGUCCUUCCUUCGCAUGGAAGAAUAUUAAAGCGCGUGUUUGAAGAAGUCGAGAAAGUUGUGCAAGAAUUAAAAGACAUGCUCUCGAGAUGCAUGGAAGACCCUCAUGCCGAAUUUUCGCAGCUCGAAAAUGCAAUACGGCUACUACUUGAGUUGGAUCCUGACUCUGACCCUGUCUGGCAGUACUUAAGUAUGCAAGAGCGGCGGAUUCGAGCGAUUCUUGAGGCAUGCGUCCUAGAACACGAGGUUCAGAUGGAUAACCUGCAUGGACGUUUGCAGCAAAAAGUGGAAUCGGAUGCCCGAUGGAAGCAAUUGCAAAGUGAAUCGCCAAAGUUGUCUGAGGUUGACAUUUCCUUAUUUAUUGUGGAUCAAGAAGAUGAUGCAACGGAAGCUGAAAUUAGAGAUUUUAUCAACGACGAAUCUGAUGCACUGUUUGGAAGGCUUAUACGCAGGCUUUCAGCUGUUAUUAUUCAGUAUGUUCCUGAUUUUUGGAGACUGGCAUUAUCAAUUUUCAAGGGAAAAUUUGCAAAGGUAUCACGUCCAAGUACACAAAAGGCAGAGCCGAAAGACCGUGAUCAUGAAAACUAUCCUUUUGAAGAAAAACCCAAAGUGGUUGUUCAAUACACUUCACACUCUCUCGAUGAAGUUGUAGCUAUGGUCCAAGGAAUUGUAGGCUCGUACGAAUCUAAAGUUCACACUGCUUUUACGACACUCGCGGAAGCAACAGAGAUGCGUUGGUAUAUGCGAGAAGCUCUGUGGGAGCUUUCAAAGGCUUGUGCGGCUCUUUCUGGAAAGGAUUGUUCUCCUGUCGGCGCAGUUCAAACAUUGACAACGUUAAAGAUGGAACUUGUGCAUCAAUUUAUUUCCAAGUUUUGCUCUUUGAUGCGGCAAAAGGCUUCCGAUUUGAUAGAAGAGGAAGACUGGAUACCAGUGCCCGCCGUAGAACGGAAUGAAUCCUUGUAUGCGAUUUCUUCACUUCCUCUGAAGCUUCGUGACAUUCUCAACUCAACGAUAGAACACAUGAAAGAGGUGUUGGAUAAGGUGAAACUUGAGCCAACUCCGCCUAAUAAUCUGGCUACUCAACUCGGUCAGAUGCAGGCGUCUUUACAGACUGCAUUUUAUGAGUGCUUUUUGGACGUUCUAGAGCUCUUAGAUAAAAAAAUUGUUAAUAUGGCUGCAGAUACACUUUCGGCAAAUAAUAAGUUUGUCGGACUUCAAGUCGGGGUGGAAGUUAAUAAUCCUCACCAGAAACUCUUGAUGGUGCUAAGUAAUAUUGGUUUCAUCAAAAGUAUUUUGUUGCCAGAACUUUCGAGCAAACACAAGGAUGUUUGGACCCGAGAGAGAAUGAACGCCAAAGAGCCGGUAGUUGAAAUUUCACCUACGGAAAGCGAAGUUGUGGCUGCCUUCUCGGCUUUAGAAGAAAAGAUUUUGAAUGAGUACAACUACGUCAAGGCUUCAUCGGUAGGAACUACUGCAGCCAGUUACAUAUUAGAUGAUGGGACUCAAUGGGCAUCUGCUCCUCCUGUCAAGGGAAUACGUGACGCGGCGGUGGAGCUUCUUCAUCCACUGGUUGCUGUACAUGCAGAGGUUUACGCUGGAGCCAAAACUUUUGUCCGCAAGGUCAUAUGCGUUCUUUUCGAGGGGCUUAUACGUGCGCUGCACACCACAGCAAGUGAAAACCUGUCCAAGGCUCUCAACCAUCUCGACGUCAACGGGUUCUGUCAACUAAUGCUUGAGCUGGAUUACUUGGAGUCCGUUUUCAGCCUGUAUUGUACGAGCGAUGCAAAGGCCUUGCUAACCUCCCUGCGGGAGGUCCUGCUCGAGAAAGUGCAAGACGUUGGUGGUGAAUCAAGCGAAAGCACGGGGCACAAUCGUCGUUUGACCCGAGGGAGCGAAGAGGAGGAAAGCGUGCAAGCUCCCCCUAACGUGGACGACAUACAGGCUCGCGCUGACGACGUAAAAGCACAGUACUUGCCAUCUGAGCUCAAGAGAACGCGCGUCAACGUGAUAUGCUUCCAAGACAACGGCGAGUCAAUCGCUCCGCCAGACGCUGCAAAGCGAGGGGUUGUUUCUCCUAAGGGUGGUGUUUUAGAGAGCGCCAGCGUCACGCAGUCGCCUCGAGCAGGGAGGCACAGGAGGCGCUCGUCGGGAUCCAGCUUCUCGGACGAGCCAUUCCCCGGCCUCCCUCCACUGUCCCCGUUCCACAGCGAGCCGGCGAGUCGGUUCACAAAGCCACGCACAGUCUCGCGGAGAACCUCCACUGCGUCCAAUGCUUCUUCCGUGGACGACGAUCUCAGAUAAACUACAACGCAUUCUUUUAGUUUCUCUCGCUUGGUUCCUACUUUCUUGGAGAGAAAAAUAACAAUCUCAUGGUGUAUAAAGAAUCGGUGUUCUAUAUAGACUGUACAAGUGCUUUGAGCUGCUUCCACGCAUGAAAGUAAAGAAUUGUUAUGUAGCUGAGCUAGCUACCGCUA